AUGAUUGAUUCCGUCAUGAAACAGGCGGAUAUUUCGGACAUUGCUUGGAUAGAAAUGAAGACUGUGAUUGAUCUGCAGUGUUUAGUUAUUAAUUCACUCAGUACUUCGGGCAUGUUGAUCGUAUUGAACACAUUGGAUGGUUCAGGUACCUUGAACACAUUUGGCACACUCCACAAGAUUGUGCGGAAGUGUCUGUCGUCCACAUUGGUGAUACCAAUCUGUUUGAUCCUGUCGGUCGAAUUCAACGGGGUCCAGACGGAACGAUGGUCGCGACAGAUCUCGAACAGCGAAUGGAUACCAUUGGCGAACCCAAGGGCGCCGCAAGCCCAAACGGAACGGAAUAACGAUCAGGGCACGACGGGGUUGCUUGCAAGCAGCACAGCGCCGCUACCACAGAUCCCGCAAUUGUCCCUGCCGCCCGCGCUUCAACAACAAUACCAGGAUCAGCUUCUGCAGCUGCAGAAGACCCAAGAGAAUAUACAGAAACUGCUGCUUCUGCAACAGCAACUGAGAACACAGCAGCAACUUCUUCAGUCUCAGGCGUUCGUGCCCAGCGGGUUCAGUAACGUCGAGGAGGACAAACGGCUGCAACAGGGCGGACUGGGUCAUCAGACGGACCUGGCGCCGGAAUACCUCGUGCCUCCGUUGCCCGCCACGGAGGCGCUGCCGCCUGUGUUUCCCGCGCAAAGCUUCCUUCCGGCUCAGCGUGUACGGGCCCAGCACCCAGCGAAACCGGAGAACGUGAACGUUCCGCAGGAAUUCGCAAAUCUGUCCAAUCAGAAUUAUAAGAAUAUCCAGCUGUUGCAACAGGGACAAAACGUCGGCGACGGUGGACAACACGUCGACGGGAUUCAGGACAAUCAACGACCAGGGGCGAAACAUUUAAAAGAGACGAGCCAAGGGUCGUUGGUAUCGCAAUUCGAAAACGGACAGGACGAGGACGAGGAGGUACAGCUGGUCUACGUUCCAGCGGAAACUCUUGCACAACGUGGCCAAAAGAGGGGUCGCGGUAGAAAGCAAUAUCCGGGCAGGCAUCACCAGCAACAGGCGCAGCAACACCAGCACCAUCAUCAUCACCGUGAGAACCAACCGGUCGAUACAGGCUCGAUCGGGGGCGAGCAGGACGCGUUCGCCCGUCAGAUAUUGCAGCAGAUCCAGAUGGAACGGGAGGAGAAGACGCAGUUUCUGAACGAGGAGAGGAUGAAGGAGAUCGCCCGAUUGAACGAGGAGCAAAGAGCGUUGGAGCGGAAAGCACGUCUGCAGCAGGAGGCCGUUCAGAGAGAGCAGGAGCUGCAGCGUCAACGGGAGGCGGAGAAGAAACGCAAGGAGCUAGAGAAGCUGGAGGAGAUGGCCAAGCAGCGGGAGCUGGAGAGGAUACGGGAAGCUAGAGAGAAACAGCGACUGGAGGAGCUGGAACGGAGACGAUUAGCGGAGAUCCGGGCAAAGGAGGAGAAACGAAAAGCGGACGAGGCGGCCAGACAGAGGGAAGCCGAGAGGCUGGCUGCUCUGGAGAGGCAGAAGGAGCUGGAGAUCCAAGAAGCUUUGAAACAACAGCGAGAAGAAGAGGCCAGAACGGCCAAUCAGGGAUUGUCGGAUCAUCGUGAGGUACAGGCUCUCCCGUUGAUCAGGGACCAACAGGACUUCCAUCGUCAACACCUGCCCGAGACGUCCAGACCUGCCAAGAGCAAGACUCGUGGAAGACAUCGCCCCCGAAAUCAGUAUCAGCAGGAGCAACAGAAUUACCGUGAGACCACAACCACCGCUCCGUCCCCCAAUCAACCUCCCCUGUCUGUAUACAUGGGCAACACGAACACCAGAGCUACCAACGCAAGGGUGUCGGACGUUCUGAAGCUUCUGAAGGACGCGAAGACGAUCGCGGUGCUGGACACCGUUGGCCCCGAUACACCUCAAGUGUUCGUUGGUCCGACCAGUCUGGACCCUCCAUCUGGUUACGCGAAAUUUGACCUACCGUAUCUGUCCUCCAUUGAUCACAAUCGAGUGGAGAGGAAAGUGGACAAGUUACCGUUCUUCGUAGCGCCUCUCAGCUUCGAUCCCCCACCAGGAUACUCGAAGAUCCCGUUCCCAGCGCCCCACAUAGGCUCUGUCGUGGUGAAUACCUUGGACAACACGGAUCCUAAGAAUGGGGAUGAUCAGAACCCCAGUCCGACUCCGCUGAUCGAGCCGAACUCGUACAGCGACGGGCUGGAUGGUGGGUUAGACUCGACAACGCCUUUCUACGAACCUCGGACCACUGCAGGCUACACGCAGGAUGUGUCCAGCACUCCGAAAUACGAGCAAUCGUACACCACUCCGACAUCAGGAUAUUCCGGGUCCAGGUUCCGAUUCAGGCAGUACUACGGCGACAGCAAACCGGCCUCUGUGAUCAGCACCUCUUACUAUGAGGACCAGCGACCUGCCACGAGGAAGCACAAGUACUACGAGGAGAGUACCAGGUCCACAGAGGCCCCCAGAAUGGACAACACGGCUAGCCACGCGGACGAAGUCUCCUAUUCGACCACGCCCAGCUUCAAGGAUGGUCCAAUAGGCCCUCAGGACCCGACCACCAAGGAACAAGAGCUGGCCGCCCAGUUGGCGCUGAUCAACCAAGAACUGGAUCAGCAAAGAGAGGUUCAGAGGUAUAAUACCGGAGGGCAAUAUAAUCAGGACAGUUCUGUGACUGGUUUGGCGAAUAGUUUCGAAGGGGAAAUCGGCGCUGGGGAUAUUAACGAUGUCAGGGCUCCUAUUGGCCCGACCCAGUAUAGUCUGCCCGCUGAAUUGCCAGUGAUUUCGCCUCAUUUGCCUGGAUUGGUGAAUUCUUUGGUGGAAAAGAACGAGGGGAAACUGCAGGCCAGCACAACUACGACCACUCCUGGUACCACCGUCACGACCACAAGCACGCAGCGUACACCUACGACGACGUAUAGGCCACGUGGACGACCGAGGAGCAAAGUCUCGUCCACGAAACCAAGGACAACCACACAAGCCCCGUCCACAAAAGUGACCGUCGACAGGAACCGAAGACCAUACAACAGAUCCAGGUCGAGAUUCAGCACUACUACAGAGGUGUAUCAGGAGUCUUCGUACGAACCUACCAAAUCCAAGAUCCCAGAAACAACGUUGAAAUACAAUUCCGAGCACAGGAGACCGGUCACUAGAACACAGAAAUACAGGAAUCGGGAUAAAACGAGUCAACAAUCCGAGGUACUUAGCCACAAGCAGAACUCUCAAACGCAGCAGACCUACUCCGAUUCCGGUUCCCCAUCCUCAGAUAACGGUUACUUGCAAUCAACGGGUCCAGACACAAGUAUCCGUCAGUUGGACAUGUCGUCGAACCUAAAUGACUUCUCACCUGAGAAUUAUCCGUCGACAACGAUCAGCACCACCGAGAACUACCCGCCGCUUCGCGACUCGACCGUCAGCGGUCAUGGAUCGUCUCUGGUAGCCGAGGAUUACACCAGAAGCCAGAACUACCCGCAAACGCUAUCCGACCAGUACCGUGACAGUUAUGAUCGACCCGUCGAGCACACCGGUCUCGAAAGGACACCUGUGAACGGGUUCAAUUAUCAGGCGCAGAACGACGAAAUCCACGACCAAGCGAUCCUCCAGAGACCGAAAGACUAUCAGCUAGACGGCAAAGCGGAGAACAGUGACCUCGAGCUGGCCACCACACCGGAUCCCCGAUACAAGAUCACGGACGAGCAACGUUAUCCGUCGAUCUACGACGUGACAGUGCCGCAGACCCAACCAGAGUACAGUCUAACCGGGCAGGACAAUCUUCAUCGACUGGAGAGCGAGAAGAUCCAGCAAAGUGUCCUGGGCGGUGGCGAUCCGAACGAACAACAGCCUAUAUUCGUACCGUUGCCCGAGAACAAGCAGGAAGACUACGUCCUGCCUGUCUCGUCCACAGAACCACCACCGAUCGAAGUAAGUGACAUCACAACACAGUCCACGACAACCACGGCGAGCACAACGCCUGUGGUCAUACGUCAACGGGUCCGUGGGCGUGUCGGUACGCGACAACACCACGAGCCCACGGUCCAGACGCGAAAUCGCGGCACGCAGGAUGAGUACGUACGUUUCAACGUCGUCAGUCAAGACACGACUCGUACGUCCCCGGGUCGGCAACGAACCAGGUCCAGAACUCGUGCACAGAACCACGGUACGCAGGUACAGACCGACGGGAACGAGUACAUAAAGUACCACGCGCCUCAGCAGCAACGACAGAUCACCACGACGACGGUGGCGCCGCCACCGACCACAACCACGACGACAGCACCGCCACCGGAGGAGGACGUCGACUACGGAUUCAUAAGGCCCCCGAACUUCCGGCCGGUGCAACCGAUGGACAACAAGUUCCAGGCGCCUAUCACGUUCCGACCCCAAAUUUCAGAGGUGGCACACCAGUCCCUGUUGCCCAACGACGAGACCGCUGUGGAGUCGAGUCCACCGCAGACGCAGCUGCUAAAAACACGUCACAAGUAUCAAUCUGCUCCGAAUCGUCGUUUGCCAGGAAGGCCAACGACGCUGCCAACGUUGCCACCGUUGACAACGACAACAACACCGACCAUAGAGGCGACGACCACCACGGAAAGACCUAUCGCGACAGUGGCGCCGUCUGACGACUCGAUCUACACGGUCAGGCCCAAAUCACGACCCGACGAGACGAAGCAAACAACACGGAUCAGAACUCGAGUCCGACGACCAGGAAAGAAACGCGUGUCGACCACCACUACCACCACCACGGAAUCUAUACUAGAGUCGCACAAUGAGCUACCGUUAGAUGAAAAUUACCCGCGCAUUCGAUCGCAGGCAGGGACAACGACCACCGAGCACCACCAAGCGGGUCUCUACGAGGACAACUACGACGGAACGUCCCAAUUCAACCACGGACGUAACCCGAACGGUCAACCGUUCUACGAAACGUCCAGCGAGAACUAUCCCUCGGAAUUCGUCCUGAACUUCGGCAACUACCCGGAUCAGCCAGUCCAACGGGAGGAGUACGAUCAGACGCAAUUGGCUAGCAGUUCGCCGCGAAAAUACAGCGAGACCGGUCAAAGCAGACCCGUAUCGGACGAGUCCAAUCCGACCGCGGUGGACAUUUAUGGGGCGGAGAGUCAGUGGUCCACGAAACUGACGGGGACCUCGUUUCAGCCGAGUUUCGCGGUGAAUCGGCUGGAGAAGACGAAGACACGCGAGUGGUAUCGCGAACCAUCGUCCGUGGACACGAACGAUCCCGAGAUAAUCACAGCCGCGCCGGAAGUGUCGUCCGUCACGCUGGUCGUUUCAUCCGACGACAAAAGGAUCGAGGAUGACGAGUCGAUGCUGAUGGGCACCACGAUGUUCGGCAGGAAAACGAACGCGCCGGAUCAUACGGAAAAAAUGAACGGGACCAAUGCUGUCACCAGCGCGCCGACGAUAACGACGACACGGGAUAGAAACGGGAGUCGGCCGACGGAAACGACCCGUAACGACAGGGAAUCCUGGUUGAUGGAUAGGGUGGAAGACGCUGGCGAACGACUGCACGGUAUCGAUCUCGACAGAGGCCAGAAGACUAGCUCUGAUCCUCCUGCUGUUAGGAAGGGCGCCAGAAGGAGAAGGGUCCGUGUACGAGUCAGACCAGCGGUGGACGACUUCGUCACCGCCGAGUCCCAGCACUACAAUUCCGCCGCUCUGAACAGUUUGAUCCGCGAGCAAUACAAAUACAAUCCCCUCCGGGAGUCCACGCUCUCGACACCACAACCGAUCCUCUCGGAGAAGUCAGUGUUACAAGACUUUCUGACAGAAAUCCUAAAGGAAAAGGAAUCGUCUGUAAGAUCGACAACCACCGAAGCACCAGAAACCGUCUGGACCCCAACGACCCCAGCUGCAACGACCACGGUCGUGCCCGAGGAACCAGAAACAACCACCGAGAAUCUAAUGACCAUGACGACACCGACCACGGACAAACCAGAACCGACAACGAUCCCAGAGUAUUUAGGAUCAAUGAACACCGGGGAUAAAACCAAGGAACAAGGACAGUCCGUGUCCAAGAUGACUGACAACGAGGAAAAACCAGUGGAUGAUCGCUGGGAGGCAACAAAGCACCAGGACUGGGACGAAAAAGUCGCUCGAACCGCGUUGGAUCUAGGAUUUCUCACCGAGAAGUACGCGAUCAAGGACAACGACGUGAACAAGCUGAACGACGACGACGACGACUGGGAGACCAGUCGUAGCGACGAGGUCGAUAGAACAAAAUUAAGACCCGUUGAAGAGGAAACAGAAACCACGAAAGUGAUCGAAGAGGAUCAAGAUCAUCCGAAGAAUCAUAGGACGAUGUGGAGCGAGGUCAGGUAUCUAAACUCCUACGAUCGUGCCCAAGCGUCCGCCUGGAGCCCGGACCAAAAGACCAGCAGCCCCAAAUCCACCACGGAUAUUCCAGGUUUGGUGAGCAAGCACGAGGGUGAGAACAGUGUGAAGACGUUGUCCGAUUACGUCAAGGCGAUCUUCGACACCAUGAAGAGCGCCGAGGAGGAGACCACGAGUACUGAUAGGCUAGAGGACCUAACGACGACUCUGCAGACGCCUACAGAGAUGGAUUUGGGAGAGGAAAAGGACACGACCAAGGUUCCUGAAGUGGAAACGACCACCCAGUCAGUUUUCCUGCCGGAAGACGGUAAGGAAGUGAUGAUCGAGACCACGACGAGGAAUAUCGAUCCAGAGACAGUGACCAUCUUGGAACGGGUUACAACCACCCAGGAGACCACGACCGGUUCGUCGACCGAGCCACCGGCCACGGAUCCACCAACCACCACACCGACGACCACAACGACUGUGAAUUCGACGGAAUCGAUCCUUGGAAAGGUCCUACGGACCUCCACCACCACCAAGGUCUCCCACAUGACAGAAAUUUGCUACAGAGGCCGUUGCGUGAUGACCAGGCCCAGCCAAGAGGAUCGCUUCAGAUGA